AGAUCAAUGACUUGAUUUAUCACAUUUUACUCUGCCGUGAGUAGAAUUACCAUGGUAGCUAUUGAAAUGCUUCCAGUACCAAAAAACUACAUUGGGAUCUUGGCAUUUCCUGUUAUUGUCAUUCUAACUCCAGUUUUCACUGUCAUGGUAUAGAUAAUGGUGACUUCUUGAAGAUUCAUACAAAAUCCAAUGUAAAGAGAAGGAUCAUAGUAAGCUCCGCAUUGUCUACAGCUAUUCUCUUCCUUGUCCUUGCCUUGUUCUUGUAUGUUUGGAAAAAGAAGCAGCAAAAAAACGGUUCGUUGUUCAAUCUACGAACAUCUACAAAUAAGUUACAACUACAAAUUGAUAGGAGCUCGUUAUAAUAGACAUGUCAAGGAAAUUUUAAUGUAACAGAGAAUAGAUCAGAUCCCCUGCUUCUAUUUAUUCUUAACAUCUCUGCUUGCAUGGCAAAUGACAGGUGCUUUGCAAAGAAAUCCACAUAAGAAAGAUGAUUUGGACUUACCGUUGUUUGAUUUGGGUACCGUGGCUCGUGCAACAAAUAACUUUUCUGUUGAAAAUAAACUCGGAGAAGGGGGCUUCGGACCUGUUUAUAAGGGAACACUGAGAGAUGGACGAGAAAUAGCUGUGAAGAGGCUUUCUAAUAAUUCAAGACAAGGAGUUGAUGAGUUCAAAAAUGAAGUUAAGUGUAUUGUGAAACUUCAACAUCAGAAUCUGGUGAAGCUUCUAGGAUGCUGCAUUGAAGGAGAUGAAACGAUGCUCAUCUACGAGUUUUUGCCUAACAAAAGCUUGAACUUUUUUAUUUUCGGUGAAACAAAGGACAGGCUGCUAGAUUGGCCGACACGCUACAACAUCAUCAAUGGGAUUGUUCGUGGACUUCUUUAUCUUCACCAGGAUUCAAGACUAAGGGUAAUUCAUAGAGAUUUGAAAGCCAGCAAUAUUUUACUCGACUAUAAACUGAAACCAAAAAUUUCAGACUUUGGACUGGCUAGAAGUUUUGUAGGAAAUGAAAUCGAAGCCAACACUAAUAAAGUGGCUGGUACAUAUGGCUACAUAUCUCCAGAGUACGCAAAUCAUGGAGUCUACUCGCUAAAAUCAGACGUCUUCAGCUUUGGAGUCUUGGUGCUAGAGAUAGUGAGUGGGAACAGGAACAGAGGAUUCUGUCAUCCGAAUCAUAGCCUCAACCUUCUAGGGCAUGCUUGGAGACUUUUCCAAGAAGGGAGGCCUAUAGAACUGGUUUCGGAAUCAAUAAUUGAAUCAUUCAAUCGAUCUCAAGUGUUACGUUCAAUUCAUGUGGCUCUUCUCUGUGUGCAAGAAAAUCGAGAAGAUAGGCCGAACAUGUCAUAUGUGGUUUUGAUGUUGGGUAAUGAAGAUGCAUUGCCUCGGCCUAAGCAUCCAGGUUUCUUCAUUGAAAGGGAUGCUAUUGAAGAAAGUUUACCAAAACCAUUAUCAGAAAACGAAUGCUCGAUUUCACUGUUAGAUGCAAGGUAGGAUGGUUGUGCUGAUGACUUUUUCAUGGAUGUGAUUGCGUAUUCAUAGAAGCUGUAUGUCUAAUGUUGCGUGGUGAAGGUGCAUUUCCUCAGCCAAAACAACCAGGUUUUUGGUUGC